CACCCGCCCGCCUUAGACUCUUUCCUGCGUGAUGAAACAUGGUGCCUCGGAACGAGCAUUCUCCAGGCUUCCAUCUGCCCACUCGGGGAGGACGGAGAGGCGCUGGGCGGAAUGGCCAGCACCACCGGAUACCACGGGCCGCCGCGAUCCCGCGGGUGGCAGACAAAGGGAACCACGGGCCACCGCGAUCCCCCGGGGCCUGCAUCUCCCGAGCUGUGGGCGCCUCCCUGCCGGAGCGCGCCGCAGCACCACAGGGCCCUCGGCCGGAGCCGGGCCGCAGCUGCCGGGACCCGGACGCGUGGAGAGCGCAGGACCUGGAGCUCGGCAGCCCGCGACCCUGCUUCAAGCCUCCCUUCUCUCUGGCCCGAAGCUAGGGCAGCACAGCGGCCUCCGCUCCCCACCGCACCCCACCCAGGACUCACCCACGGCCCGGGGCGCAAGCCCGCAGGACGGCUGGCGAGCGAGCCCGCGCCCGCGCAGGCGCAGACUGGUCCGACCCAGGCAGGGGCGGGGCGGGGCGGGGCGGGACGUCGUCGAGCCACGUGACCAGGGCCCUGCCUCGCUCAGGGUCUGGGUAGCGCUAUAGCUGCCUUGUACUGCGUCCGGUCCGGUACUGACUCUUGUCGCACCUUUUGCCAGGCUGUGGGGGUGCCGCUAGUCUCCCCGCCCCCCUGACUUAAGCUGAAGUUAUACGGUGGCCUCGUUGUUCCACAAAACAGCAAGCGCGUCAUUUAGCGUGUAGUCUGUUGAGAUCCAGGGCUGUAGAUAGCGCGUGCGUGGAGGCGCGAAAGCUUCUGAUGAGGCGAUCUCAAAGCUUGGUGGAGAGCUCUUUGUCACCGCACUUCACAGGACACCUGAGUUGUACAUGAGGUCAUACAGCUAGCCUCUUUUUCCUUAGAUGCACACACAGUUUGUGGAGUCUUGGAAGGAGAACCCUGCUGUGAGUUAGGAGAGCCGGGUCAGAAUUAUAGCCGUGACAUCCCUUGAGUGACUUUUGGCAAGUUAUUCGUCUCUUCCAUGAGUGGGUUCCUCCAUGUUGUGACAUUUGAACAAUGGUUCUGAUUUGCAGAACCACAGGCGAUAAAUGUCAGUGGACAGAAAGGACAAAGUCAGCCUUCGUGGGCAGGCUCUUCAGCAGACUCCUGAAUGUGCGACCAGCUUGCCUCUUAGGACUGGGAUUAUCUCACCAUUACACACCGUUCCAGGUGGGUGACCCAGCCUGCUUAGUGUUUACAGGUUUCUGAAGCUGUCGGAAACCACGCCUCCUAGGCCACGCCUUCUAGCGUCAGCAAACGGGAGUGUCAAUCUUGGUAUUUCAAAGCCUCCUUUAAGGAAGUUUGCCUAGAGAUCCAGUCAAUGAGUUCCUAA